GAGAACUCGUACAGUAGCAGCGUCAGAUCCAACCCGCGCCUCCAAGUCCGGAGUCCAUUUGCAUAAUUGGAUUUUUUUUUUUUUUUUGCCUCCUUCUUUCUCCCUGAAACUUGUUUGAAAACCCAAGUGAAAACCGCGACGAUCUGCACACUCAAAAGCAAGUGCCAAUUCCUGACCACCACGGCUUUAAGAAUAUCCUUCAACCAGGAGGGAGAUCCAUUGCUUUAAGACUUGCCUGGGAUGGAAGAAGCGAGCCUGUGCCUUGGAGUGUCUUCGGCGGAGCCGGAAGCUGAGCCCCACCUGAGCGGCCCCGUCCUCAACGGCCAGUAUGCCAUGAGUCAGAAGCUGCACCAGAUCACCUCCCAGCUCAGCCAUGCCUUCCCCGAGCUCCAUCCCCGGCCCAACCCCGAGGAGAAGCCCCCCGCAUCCCUGGAGGAGAAAGCCCACGUGCCCAUGAGCAGCCAGCCCAUGGGCAGUCAGAUGGCGCUCCUGGCCAACCAGCUGGGCCGGGAGGUGGACACCAGCCUCAACGGCAGGGUGGACCUGCAGCAGUUCCUCAACGGGCAGAACCUGGGUAUCAUGUCCCAGAUGAGCGACAUCGAGGACGACGCCCGCAAGAACCGCAAGUACCCGUGCCCGCUCUGUGGCAAGCGCUUCCGCUUCAACAGCAUCCUCUCCCUGCACAUGCGCACGCACACGGGCGAGAAGCCCUUCAAGUGCCCGUACUGCGACCACAGGGCGGCGCAGAAGGGGAACCUCAAGAUCCACCUGCGGACCCACAAGCUGGGCAACCUGGGCAAGGGGCGCGGGCGCGUGCGUGAGGAGAACCGCCUGCUGCACGAGCUGGAGGAGCGCGCCAUCCUGCGGGACAAGCAGCUGAAGGGCAGCCUGCUGCAGCCCCGGCCCGACCUGAAGCCGCCGCCGCACGCCCAGCAGGCCCCGCUGGCCGCCUGCACCCUGGCCCUGCCAGCCAACCAUAGCGUGCCCGACGUGGCCCACCCGGUGCCCUCGCCCAAGCCGGCCAGCGUGCAAGAGGAUGCGGUGGCCCCGGCGGCGGGCUUCCGCUGUACCUUCUGCAAGGGCAAAUUCAAGAAGCGCGAGGAGCUGGACCGCCACAUCCGCAUCCUGCACAAGCCCUACAAGUGCACGCUGUGCGACUUCGCGGCUUCGCAGGAAGAGGAGCUCAUCAGCCACGUGGAGAAGGCACACAUCACCGCCGAGUCGGCCCAGGGCCAGGGGCCCAAUGGCGGUGGGGAACAGUCGGCCAACGAAUUCCGCUGCGAGGUGUGCGGCCAGGUGUUCAGCCAGGCGUGGUUCCUCAAGGGCCACAUGCGCAAGCACAAAGACUCCUUUGAGCACUGCUGCCAGAUCUGCGGCCGGCGCUUCAAGGAGCCCUGGUUCCUCAAGAACCACAUGAAGGUCCACCUCAACAAGCUGUCGGUGAAGAACAAGUCCCCCAGCGACCCUGAGGUGCCUGUGCCCAUGGGCGGCAUGUCCCAGGAGGCCCACGCCAACCUGUACUCCAGGUACCUCUCCUGCCUGCAGAGCGGCUUCAUGGCCCCGGACAAAGCCGGCCUGAGCGAGCCCAGCCAGCUCUACGGCAAGGGCGAGCUGCCCAUGAAGGAGAAAGAAGCGCUGGGGAAGCUGCUCUCUCCCAUCUCCAGCAUGGCCCACGGCGUCCCGGAGGGGGACAAGCACUCCCUCCUGGGAUGCCUCAACCUCGUGCCGCCGCUGAAAUCCAGCUGCAUCGAGCGGCUGCAGGCGGCUGCCAAGGCCGCGGAGAUGGACCCCGUGAAUAGCUACCAGGCUUGGCAGCUCAUGGCCAGGGGCAUGGCCAUGGAACAUGGCUUCUUGUCUAAAGAGCAUCCGCUGCAGCGCAACCACGAAGACACUUUGGCAAACGCCGGGGUUCUGUUUGAUAAGGAGAAGCGGGAGUACGUGUUAGUGGGAGCAGAUGGCUCCAAGCAGAAAAUGCCUGCUGAUUUGGUUCACAGCACUAAAGUGGGCAGCCAGAGAGACCUGCCAACUAAGCUCGACCCUUUAGAAAGCAGUCGGGAUUUUUUGUCACACGGGCUGAACCAGACGCUCGAGUAUAACCUGCAGGGUCCUGGGAACAUGAAGGAGAAGCCCACCGAGUGCCCCGACUGCGGCCGGGUGUUCCGCACCUACCACCAGGUGGUCGUGCACUCCCGUGUCCACAAGCGGGACCGCAAGGGUGAGGAGGACGGGCUGCAUGUGGGCCUGGAUGAGCGGCGUGGCUCGGGUAGUGACCAGGAGUCUCAAUCGGUGAGCCGCUCCACCACGCCGGGCUCCUCCAACAUCACUGAGGAGAGCGGGGUCGGAGGUGGCCUCUCCCAGACCGGGAGUGCCCAGGAGGACAGCCCGCACCCCUCCUCGCCGUCCUCCUCAGACAUUGGCGAGGAGGCUGGGAGAUCCGCCGGCGUCCAGCAACCGGCGCUGCUUCGCGACAGAAGCCUGGGCUCGGCCAUGAAGGACUGCCCGUACUGUGGGAAAACUUUCCGGACAUCCCAUCACCUUAAGGUGCACCUGAGGAUACACACAGGUGAGAAACCCUACAAGUGUCCGCACUGUGACUAUGCCGGCACGCAGUCAGCGUCCUUAAAAUACCACUUAGAGCGACACCACCGGGAGCGGCAGAAUGGGGCUGGGCCGCUGUCUGGGCAGCCCCCGAAUCAGGACCACAAGGACGAGAUGUCAAGCAAAGCUUCUCUGUUCAUCAGGCCAGACAUCCUGAGGGGCGCCUUCAAGGGUCUCCCUGGAAUCGACUUCAGAGGAGGCCCUGCAUCUCAGCAGUGGACAUCAGGGGUGCUCUCGUCCGGAGAUCACUCGGGGCAGGCCACCGGCAUGUCUUCAGAGAUCCCCUCAGAUGCUCUGAAAGGCGCCGACCUUCCUGCCAAAAGCACCCACUUCUCCGAGAUCGGAAGAGCUUAUCAAAGCAUCGUGAGCAACGGUGUGAAUUUCCAAGGGUCCUUGCAAGCUUUCAUGGACAGCUUUGUCCUCAGUUCCUUGAAGAAGGAGAAGGACGUGAAGGACAAAGCGCUGGCUGACCCUCCUUCCAUGAAAGUCCACGGAGUGGAUGGUGGUGAGGAGAAACCCAGUGGCAAGUCCUCCCAGAGGAAGUCCGAGAAAUCUCAGUAUGAACCCCUAGACUUGUCUGUGCGGCCAGAUGCCGCCUCCCUCCCGGGCUCCUCGGUAACUGUGCAGGACAGCAUCGCGUGGCACGGCUGCUUGUUUUGUGCUUUCACAACGUCCUCCAUGGAGCUCAUGGCCCUUCAUCUCCAGGCCAACCACCUGGGCAAAGCGAAACGCAAAGAUAACACCAUCGGGGUCACAGUCAACUGCAAAGACCAAGCCCGGGAGGCGAGUAAGAUGGCCCUGCUGCCCUCAGUACAAUCAAACAAAGACUUGGGCCUCUCCAGUAUGAUUGGCUCUCUAGACUCUGCUUCUGAGAAGAUGGCCCAAGGUCAGGUCAAGGAGACUCUGGGGGAGCAGAAGAGUGGCACAUGGACCAGCCAUGUGGACCCUGCAUUUUGUAACUUCCCAUCAGACUUCUACAAGCAGUUUGGUGUUUACCCAGGCAUGGUUGGCUUGGGGGCCUCCAGUUCCUGCCCCAACAAGGAGCCUGAUGGAAAGGCCCACUCUGAAGAGGAUGCCCCCAUCCUGAUCCCCGAAACCACGAGUAAGAACACUACUGAUGACCUCUCCGACAUCGCCUCCUCAGAGGACAUGGACUCCUCCAAGGGAGAGAACAACGAUGAAGAAGAUGUUGAAACCGAACCGGAAAUGAUGACCAAGCCACUGUCUGCCCUUAGCAAAGACAGCAGCAGCGAUGGUGGGGACAGCCUGCAGCCCACAGGUACCCCCCAGCCCGUCCAAGGACUGGUCUCACCUUUAUCCCAAGCACCGGAGAAGCAAUGGCACAGCCAGGGUCUUCUCCAAGCCCAGGACCCCUUGGCAGGCCUGCCAAAGCCAGAGCGGGGGCCGCAGAGCCUGGACAAGCCGAUGAACAUGCUGUCGGUCCUCAGGGCCUACAGCUCUGAUGGCUUAGCAGCCUUUAAUGGACUUGCAAGUAGCACAGCAAAUUCUGGAUGUAUCAAGAGGCCAGACUUGUGUGGUCACAGGCCUUUCCAGUGCCGCUACUGUCCCUACAGUGCCUCUCAGAAGGGGAACCUGAAGACCCAUGUCCUCUGCGUCCAUCGCAUGCCUUUUGACAACAGCCAGUAUCCCGACCGCAGGUUCAAGCGCUCCAGGGUCGACUCGGAGGCUUCUGGGAAUUUCGAGGAGCCUACAGCUGUCAAGGCGGGGAGCUCUGCAGACCUCACGGAAGAGGGUGGCAAGGGCCAGGAGGAGACCAACUGAGCAGACCAGCCUGUAUAUUGCAAUAGUAUUUUACACAGUUUUAACAUUAUGCAUCUGGUAAAAGUUUGCUAACUGCAUUCCAAGGGGAAAAAAUCAUGUACAACCCCCCUAAUAGUGUAUAGAACAUUUAAAAAAUUUUAAAAGAUAUCUAUAUAUAUAUAAAAAAAUAAUUCCCCAGCCCUUGAAAAUGGCUGCUAAACUGUUACCCGGCAACAAGUACUUCCAAAACAAUGCAGGUGGGAGAAAAGCGAUUUCAAAAAUUCUUGGUGCCCUCUGAGCGGGAGAGAGCGGGGGGCCCUUCCAACUCGAAAGUCGUCUUUGUCCAAAAAUAAUGCUCUUAACCGAAAAACGAUACCAUCUAAAUGAUUUAGUGUUGCGUUGAAGAUGGAGGGGCUGUGUUUUCGUUGUUGAAAACACCUCUAUAAUCUGACACCAGCUGCUGUCAUUUGCUUAGGACCCUAAUGAGAUGUGUCGGGAGGCAGCUGCGGUGCCAGUCAGACUGGAGCGGUCACUGCAGAGAAAAUCAAUUCACGUGGUGUUGUAACUGCACUCUUGGAGAAACCUUAGACGGCCCGCAGCCAGCGCCAGGGCUGACCGGCACUGAGGAGGAUUGAAAUCUUAAAUGUGCAUUUUUACAAAAUACACAGCCAAAUGAAAUCAAUGAUCAGGAAGUGUCUGCAGACAAAUGUCCAUUGCAGGUUUGAUGAGUAAUUCUUUUUUUUUUUUAGAUCAAAUUGCAGUAUUGAGGGAAACGUUUUGUUCUUGGUGGUCUUUCUCUCUUUUUUUAAAAAAAUUUUUGGAUGAAGAAGGAAGUUGCUAUUUAAAAAAAUGUAGGGUAAUUAUAUAAAAUGUUGUUAGAAAAACUAGCUAACCCCAUCCAUAGAAGAUGCUGGUGAACAAUUAAAAUUUAGGUAAUAAUAGAAAGUUUUUUUAUUAUGAUUUUUAAAAUUUUACUUGAAUGAAGGCUGCUCCAGUCCUUAUUAUCAGAUUUUUUUUCAUGUGUUGGUUUUUAUAAGUGUCACAGACAUGAAGCAAGAUUUUCUUCUCCGGCAAGCUCUUAUGAAAUAGCUUGUAUUAAAAUAUGAAUCUAAACAUCCUGCUCUCUAUCUCUAAUGACGAAAACUGUUUGAGUUAAAAUGUCUGUUUUUGUAAAACAAAUGUGUUCUAUAUUUUUGUAGAUUUUAGAUUUUCUACUGAUUGGAUACUCCAAAUUUAUCAAGUUCUGCACCACACAGGAGGAGAUUUUGAGUGUCAAUAAUGAAACACUUAACUCAUUAAAAAAUGAUUUAAGAAGACUAGUUAAAGGUUUAUUCUUGAAUCUGCUAGCACGGUGUAAAGUUGAGCCUUUUAACAUACUUCCUUUGAGUGACAUGAAUUUGGUGCUGUUGCUUGUGGUGGUAGAGAAGUAUGAAAGUAUUAACUUCUUCUAAAACAAAAUCAUUCAGACUUAAAAAAAAAAAGUCAAUAUUUCCUUGCAGGCUGGGAGCACAGAUUAAACCCCAGGGCCUUAAAAACUUCAGCUCUGCCUACAGCAGUUUACAAAAAUACUAAACUGCAAUCAAUGUAAAUAAAAUUCUUAGUGCUAUCCUGAGACCAGAAAGAAUCUCAGGCUAAUAAGGAAUCCGGUUUGCAUAUGCUGUCAAAAGGGUGUCAUCUAACCGAGGUUUCAGUGUAAAUGAGGUCGCUGUGCAACUUGGACCCAUCUGGCAUAGAGCAAGCUGCUUUCUUGUUUUUCUAGUAUAGUUCUCACUGCCUUACUUAAAUCGAGUUGAUAAACUUAAUGCAACUGUUUCUAUGAUCCUAGAGAAAGAACUGAAAUGUUAUUGAAAACUUUCCGACUGUAGUAAGCUUUAGGAUUUUAACUGCACUACUGUGUUUGGUGACUGUGCCAGUCCCUUGCUUUCUGUGUUUGCUCUGCCUUUGGUAUCUUAGCAAAGAAAAAGAAAAAAAGAAAAAAAAAAAAAAAGAUGAAAAAAAAAAAAGAAAAAAGAAAAAAAAAAGAGGAAAAAAAAAAGUGGGGGAAAAAUGAGAGCCACAUUCCAUUUCUAGCACUUUGGGAGCUCUUUCAGUAUUUUUUUGUGUCUUUUCAGCAUCCUCAGAUGCGACAGGCAAUAAUUCUGUUUGUGACACUGGGAACAUCCCCUCUUCUUUGUGGCGUGUGUGUUGAUUCCAUUUUGUCCAGUGCUACUGUCCUUCCCCCUCUGACACAGGCCUUCUUUCCAGAACAUUUGUAACUUGUAAUACAAACAAGUGACAGCCACAGUGAUGCAGCGUCAGUUUCUGAAUGUCAUCAGGUUCUCAUAUCUAAACAUGUCAAGUUUUUUCCCUGUAACUUCUGUAGUCUGUGAUGCUGGUCAUAAUACUGUCUACAUUCCUACGCAAAGAAAAAAAAAAUCUAUCUUGGAGGAAAUCUGAGAUCAAUAGGAGUAGAGGAUUUUGUUGCUAUGCUUGUAACAAGUAGAAAACUUUGUAUUUAAAGUUUAUUCUUGGUCAUUAUUUAUUAUUAUAAUACAUCAGUUGACAGAACUUUAUUCUGGUAUAGAAAGUAUUAAAAGUUGUUUUUUCAGCAAUGACUGUUUUCUUUCUGCUGUUAGAAUAAAAUGUCUUUGAAGCA